CGCAGUCGCUGGUCAUCCCCUGCACUGUGUCCGCAGUCUCUGGUCAUCCCCUGCACUGUGUCCGCAGUCUCUGGUCAUCCCCUGCACUGUGUCCGCAGUCUCUGGUCAUCCCCUGCACUGUGUCCGCAGUCCCUGGUCAUCCCCUGCACUGUGUCCGCAGUCUCUGGUCAUCUCCUGUACUGUGUCUGCAGUCCAUUGGUUCAGAAUAUUUUUUUUUCUUGUUUUUCACCUCUAAAACCUAGGUGCGUCUUAUGGUCAGGUGCAUCUUAUGGAGCGAAAAAUACAGUGUUUUUUUUUUUUUUUCAAACU